CCUGAACUCGUAUUCUUGUGCCCUGGGGUGGACAGGGGGCCGAACGGAGAGUAUGAGCGAUUCCGAGCUCUCGAGUCUAGGGAAUAAGAGAGGUCUGCUUCGGAUCGGGGGGACUGUUUUUUCCUAAACCGAUUUGGGGGGAUUGCGGGAGUGGAGGAGUGGCAGCUCGGAGCAACUGCGACGGCACCGUAGCGAUCGAGUCGAGUCGAGUCGAGUUGAGUUGAGCACAAAUGGCAUCGAAUGCAAGAGAUUGGUGGAGCCAGAAAAGACAGCUGAUGAUGGGGAAGACGGAGUGCGGACCGUGUUCUGCUGCUGCCGCUCGGUUCAUGAUUCCUUCGGCGAAGGAAGUUGCUCUGGCGACGGUGGAUACCGUUCUUCAUCAUGAGAGGCAGCACAGUAACAACACCGACGAGGAAGUCCGUCUGGCCAGAGCUAGAGAAUGUACCGAUGCUGGAGUACGAGCGGGUUUAGAAGCUGCCGUAUAUGCGGUCAUUGCAAGUUCAAUUCCAACCCUUGCGGCGACUCGAAUGAUUCCUUGGGCAAAAGCCAAUCUCAACUACACUGCCCAGGCUCUCAUCAUAUCCUCAGCUACUGUGGCAACUUAUUUUGUUGUGACCGAGAAGACAAUUCUAGCUUGUUCCCGAGAGGCUUCUUAUGCAAGGCUGGAGAGAGAUCGAGCUACCGCAAAGUCUUCUUAGUCACCGAGGUGCCUCAGCAUUCGUCGUGUACUUAGGGUUAGAGUGUUGUACAUAUAUUAUCGCAUUGGAUAGCACUGGUGGCAGAUCAUGUCUGCCAAUUUUGUGUGCACUGGUGACGUUCUCCUUUGGUUUUGGUCGUAGACUCAACUAACUACGUCCUUUUGUUAUUCGAGAACGACAGAGAGCUUGAUUUGACACUCAAACAGUUCCUUAGAUUCCAAACCCUAGACAUUUGCGUCUGCUUGAAGCAUACUAGUUUUUUUUUUGUGUGUUUCUGUCAUAGUUUUUCAUCCGCAGAUUAAGACGCUUAUGGACCAGUUUUGCGUUUAUGAGUGCACGGGAUGACUACGCAUUAUUUGAAUCAAGAUUCGCCAUCUGGUACAAUGUCAUCAGUUCUUCACGCUCUGUCAUAACUCUUGAAGAGGUGUCGGGUCGUCUCCAUUUUAAUAAACAUCACGAAAUCUUACGUUGCCG